GGUCGUUGGUGGCCUUGAAAUAGUGGUCAGAAGAUCAUGUGACAAGACGCUGAGACCGAUACAUUUGGAUAGACAAUAAAAGUAUGAGAAAAUUUGCAAUGUGCAAGCUACACGUCGUGCUAACUUUUUGUCGUUCCAGUUUUUCUCUGCCUUUUGCGUCGUUUGGGUUCAUCAGCCAUGAAAUGCCCUUCAUGCAAUCAGGAAGUUUACUUUGCUGAACGGGUCACUAUACUUGGGAAAGACUGGCAUCCUCGGUGCCUAAAAUGUGAACACUGCAAGAAAACACUGACAGCGGGUUCUCACUGUGAAAUUGGAUCACAGUCAUUACGAUAUUGUUCAGACAGGAGUACACGUCACUCCACAUUGCCUAAUUUUGUUCCACUAGAUAUCCUGUCAUUGUUGUCAAUAUGAGUGCCCUAAUUCAUCUUGAUACUUCCGCUUCAUAUUUGAUUCAGCUUAGCUGAGGGUAUUAAGGUUGAUAUUAUUAGCCACUCUGACCUAACAUGACAUCAGCAUGAUCAGACUUGUUUGUAUAUGUCAAAUAUUGGAUGUGAUUUGGUCCCCUUGCUUUUAUUCAGACUUACUUGCCAUAGUUGUUCGUUCUCUGAGAAAAGUGACACGCUAAGUGGCGAAGUACCACAGAUUCAAUUUUUUAUUCAUUGGAGAGUUGCGAAUGUAGUAUUAUUGUGAUCAAUCCUCCCAAGGGUCAAUUAAUAUGGAAUUGUCAGGUCAACUCCCGUCGAGACCUAAAAGAUGGUUGACCUCGUUCAUUCUCCGUUCAUUUUAUAGUGUUAUGAAAGGUUUUCACUGUGAGACAACUUCGAAAAAAUAGGAUGACAAUAUAGUACGGUACAACCGCGUAAGUCUGAUUGACACCCAUGAGUUGGCUGGAAAACUUCUGAAAACAUAUUAUCUUGCAUAUUAUCCUCACUAGUCAGUAUCUCCUGACAGGUUUUGUGCCAGAAUGUUCGUUUUGUUUUGCAGUAGUGUCAGUUUUGGUCACUACAUCCACCGAAAUGGCAAUCAGCUGGUUCUUUGGAAGUAAUAGACAAUGUAUCGAUGGGAUGACUUUGGUUUCAUGUUGUUAGUUUAGAGUCGAUAAAAUACGGCUUCACACGCGGCAUUUUACUGCACAUUAAUUCAUCAUUCUCAGCAGGAGAGUGCUUCUUAACAAAAUUUCUCACGGUGUUUUAUUUAGUACGGGAUACCUUAGGAAAAUUGGAAGUUCAAGUAUGCUGUUCAGAUACUGGGGUUGUGUAUAAAAGCAUAAGAGCUUUAUUAUGGAAUUGGUGUAAACUCAGACUUUAAUAGGAUGAAACUCCUACCGCUAAUCAAUGUCUCAUAUUCAUCUAUAUUUCAGCAUGAUGGUAAACCUUAUUGUAAGAUUCCAUGUUACCAGUCCCUGUUUGGACCCAAAGUUUAACAGAUUCUAGGAUGUUUGAUACUCAAUUCGGUUGCUAAUGUAUUUGGUAAGAAUUAUCAUGUUUAGUGUCAAGUUGUUUAUCACUGAAAUAAUUGAGACGAGCUAUAAACUAGUGAGUGGUGUGUAGUUUAGUUCAAAUAUAUGUUCUUGAUAAGUUGGAGUAUUGUGUAUGUGCAUGAAACUAAUCUCCGUUCUGAGAAAUAGAUGUGAAGUAAAUUAAGUAUGACAGUGACACGUUUAACGGUCGACAAGUUGUCAACAUUAUAAGAUGGUAAAUAGGAGGGCUUUGUAUACUGCAUUUUACUAGCGAAGGUAUGCUUCCAAGUACAGUGAAACAUUAGUUCUAAUUGUGUUUAUUUCAGCAGAGAUUCGCUUCUAAGAAACAACUGUUGGAAAUUAACAUUGAUAUACUAAACAUAUGUUCAAAUGUUUCAUACGGCUUAUUGGCAUAUUUUGUUUCCAGGUUAUGGGUCAGUGGCCAGCAGUCACAUCUACAAAUAGAUAACAAAUUUGUUAUAUAAUGGUCAUUCCAAGAUUGGUCUAUGAAGUCUGUGUGACUGCUCUUGAUGUCUCUUGUGAGACAACUUCAAACGAUCGUUCCUUUAUUACUGUUUAAUUACUUGAUUUUGAUAUUUUAAUUUAUGAAAUAAACGUGCAGAUUAAAAUUUGUGUUUUACUUUUCACUCUCAGUUGUAAGUCCGUAAGUGGUGGUGAGAAGCGGUUAACUCAUCUUCAUCUUUACCUUUGAGAUAGGAGAGGAAACAGGGAUUGCAAGGCGGAAAGAUCUCAAUGGUUUGGUUUCUUAGUCCAUACAAUCGUGCUCAUGUUAUUAUGCACAAUUUAUGGUGUUUUUUGAGUGGAGAAAGCAGUGGUGUUUGUUUAGUAAAUAAAUCGCCAGGCUGAUUAGAAAGUAUAUGUUUGAAAUCAAAAAGAAGAACAAAUAGUGAAUGGACACAUGGUCAAUGGGCAGUUGAUAAGUGAUAGCCUGGACUCAGAGUUCACCAACUACUUUGUAGUUAUAUGCGACCGAUUUCCUUUGUCACUUCAUAGGCGAUUGGGCAGCUGAUCCACAAAGAAG